CAUUCACAGCCCUACUAUAAAGGGCCGGGCCGGCAGAGGUGCAGCCAGCUGAUUCAGCUCUCUAUCUCCUCUGCAGAAGCUCUUCUGAAGCUGCACCUGGACGAUCGCUCACCAUGAAGCUGCUCUUCGGGUCCCUGUGCGUGUGCCUGGCCCUGGCCAUGAGCCUCGGUGCUCCAACGUAUCACACUGAUACUCGUUCUGGUCACAACUCCACUGAUUCUGAUGACUACGAUCUACCAGACCACAAUCAUGAUAGUGAACACCAUCAUUAUAUUAGUGGACUCGAUCAUCAAGGCCAUUCUGAUGACCAUGACCAUAGUGCUGCGAAACUUGGCCACUGUGAUGGGAUUGAGUUUGAUGCCGUUGCACCUGAUGAGAAGGGAAUUAUCCACUUUUUCAAGGAUGACCAAGUAUGGAAGGGCUUCAAAGGGGCAUCCGAGCUAGUGAACGGCACAUUCCAUGAGCUUGACGACCACCACCGCCUGGACCAUGUGGAUGCUGCGUUCCGCAUGCACCAUCAGGACCAGUCUAAGGACCAUGACCACAUCUUUAUCUUCAUGGGUGACAAGGUCUUCAGUUACUACAACCACAGCCUGGAGAAGGGCUAUCCAAAGGAAAUCCGGGAGGUGUUUCCGGGAAUCCCCAGCCACCUGGAUGCUGCUGUGGAAUGCCCCAAGAGCGAAUGUAGUGAUGACUCUGUCAUUUUCUUUAAAGACAGCAAAGUGUACCACUUUGAUGUGAAAACUAAGACAGCUAAAGAGAAGCUGUGGCCACAGCUUCCCAGAUGCACGUCUGCCUUGCGGUGGCUUGAGCAUUACUACUGUUUCCAUGGACACAAUUUCACCCGAUUCCAUGCGCUCACCGGAGCGGUUCCGGAAGGCUACCCCAAGGACAUGCGCGGAUACUUCAUGACUUGCCCUGGUUUUGAUCAUGGUCGUGAAAGCCAUUUCAACUGCACCAAUCCACACCUGGAUGCCAUCACCACAGAUGAUGCGGGCAAGGCCUACUCCUUCAGGGGUACGAUCCCUAACCCCCCCCCCCCCCCCCCAGUCUGUCCUGUACUUUGUCCUGUAAUGCUAAAAUAAGAUCGAAUGGCUGACAUACUUAAAGAGGUGACUAAGAAAUAAAAGACCAAAAGCUGUAAAAUA